AUGUUAGCACCGAAACACAAUGGUUAUACUUUGCCCGAUGUGUGGGAUGGCUAUUAUCAGAGUACACUUGUCAAAUUCUCUUCUGCGUUCCCGCCAGAACAACUUAAAAAAGAAUUCGAUUUGUUUCAUCCAUCGCUCGACAAUGUUCACGUGCGAAAAGCUGUUUUUCGAAGUUCAAAACUCGAAGUCCACUCUGGUGAUCAUCGAUUUGGCGACAGACGUGGUACUAAUUUUAUUGCUUUAUAUGUUACCAAACCAUCCGAAUUUCAAUUCGAACCUCUUCUUCAAGAUAUUCAACAACGAAUUAAUACUACGCGAUGGAUCCAAACAUCAACGGAUUGUCUUCAUAUUAAUGUUCGUCUAUAUCCAGAUGCCCCUGCAGGAACUAAUGAAUUGACAUGGACAUGGGAAAAAAUUUGUAAAAUUGGCCUUCCAGAUAAAGUAGCUCGACUUCCAAUUGACUUUUAUUGUUCAACGUUGGAAAUAGUGCCAGCUCGACGACAAUGUGUGCAACGCUAUCGAGAAACAAAAUCCAAUAAAUGGUGGUCAGGUGUGACCGAACUCGAUGGACAAUGUUCAGGCUGUUACACUCCUUUGGAUAAUGGUAAAUGGAAUGGAGCAUGUCUCGAAUGUGGACAAUAUGAACGGAUUACACCAGUUUGGUCCAUCCCAUAUGUGAACACUUUCACUCUCGCUCGACAAAUCGAACAAAUCGAUCUCGACAAGUGA